CACACUCAUUUCUCUCACACUCCAACGUUAAACCCAAAACCCCAGCCACCCCCUAAAACGAUGUCGUUUUGUCGCCUCCUCCGCCGUGCAUUUUCCACCGCCGCCACCCAGCCCAAACCAACAACCGCCAAGAGCAUCAGAGCCAUCUCCGCCGACCUCGACAGAGAGCGCAACCUCAAACGCCUCGUCAAGAAGUUCAAAGAGUCCUCAGAGCUCUACCGCUUCCGAACCAAAACCCCCAUUUACGAAGAGACCGUUCGCCGCCUCACCAACGCCAAGCGCUUCCGUGCGAUCGAAGAAAUCCUAGAGGACCAGAAGAAGUACCCGGAUUUCUCCGACGAGGGUUUCGCCGUCCGAAUCCUUUCUCUUUAUGGAAAGGCCGGCAUGUUUGAUAAUGCCCAGAAGGUGUUCGACGAAAUGCCUGAGAGAAACUGCCGGCGAACCGUGUUGUCCUUCAACGCCCUCCUCGGGGCCUGCGUGAGCUCCAAGAAGUUUGAUAUGGUUGAGAAGAUUUUCGGGGAGGUACCGGAGAAGUUGUCGAUUGAGCCGGAUUUGGUGUCGUACAAUACUGUGAUCAAGGCAUUUUGCAAGAUGGGUUCGUUUGACUCUGCGGUUUCGGUGAUCAAUGUGAUGGAGAAGAAGGGUGUGAAGCCGGAUGUAAUCACGUUCAAUACGAUUUUGGAUUGCUUGUAUGGGAAUAAGCGGUUUUUGGAUGCUGAGAAUAUAUGGGGUCAAAUGGUGGAGAAGAAUGUCGUUCCUGAUAUUAGGAGCUACAAUGCCAAAUUGCUGGGGUUGGCUUUGGAGAAGAGGAGUGAAGAAGGGGCUCAGUUAGUUGAAGAGUUGAGGAAUAUUGGAGUGAAACCUGAUGUGUUCACCUUCAAUGCCUUGAUUAAGGGCUUUGUGAAUGAGGGGAACUUGGAUGAAGCUAAGCGGUGGUAUGGUGAAAUAGAGAAGAGUAGUUGUGCUCCGGAUAAAUGGACUUUCGAGACGCUUGUUCCCUUCGUUUGUGAGAAGGGUGAUGUUGAGUUUGCUUUUGAGCUGUGCAAGGACAUUUUCCAAAGGCGCCGCCUUGUGAGUGCGGCACUGUUGCAGCCUGUGGUGGAUGGACUGGUCAAGGCCUCCAUGAUUGAGGAGGCAAAGGAACUUGUCAAACUUGGGAACACUAAUAACUACAGACGUUUUAAUCUGAAGCUGACUUCAGACAAAUAGGGCCUUUCGUUUCUUUCUGCUGCCUUUUUUUGUAUGUUGAAUUCCAUUUUGGUUUUGAAGCACAAAAAUGUAAGGUAGACAUGGAACUCUUUUCAAGGGUGAGUUUGAUCAAUUUUCAGUUUUCUUUUUUGUUGUUUCAAAUAAGCAUUCUUAGUAACAUACGAAUUUCUAUAAUGGCUAGACAAUGUUUAUUCUUAUUCAGUUUACUACUGAAAUUGUCUCGAACAUAAAAUUGUAAUGCAGCUUAUGCUUCUUGUUGGUCUUGACAACCUUUGAGGUUUAAAUCCAAUUCUGAUAGUCUUAUUA